AUGGACAAGAACAGAGACACUAUCAUUUUGAGAAGAAAAGGAAAUGAAGACACUCUCACCUUUACAGUCAAAAUUAUUGACUUAAAGAAGGAUAAUGAUAUUGAAGAGGAGAGAGUAAGGACAUUUCAGCAGACCACAGAGGAAGGUUUGGAAAAAGUCAAGAAUCUUUUCAGUGGUCUGCAAGAGGACCUCCAUAAGGUCAAGCAGCAAACCGAACGUCUUCAGGAAGACUUCCAAAAGCACUGCCAAGGGUGUAGAAAAGAACUGAUGGAGAGUCUGAUACAAGCUGUGGAAGACCUGUCCAAACAGCUGGAGACUCUGCAGGACAAACUCAAUGUUAUUUCUCAGAAGCAGACCACAGAGACCACAUCUGUCAAGCAUAAGUCAAAGCUUGAGGAGGAUGUGGAUCUUCUGAAAGAGACUAUGAGCAAGUGGCAAUGUGAGCAGAAAAAACACAUGCAAACAACCUUCAGUUGUCUACAGCAGCUCUGCACGAAGCAAGAAAUCCUCACAAAAAAGGAGGAACAAAGUGCGUGUACACUGGAGAAGACACUGAGGCCUGAAUUUACAAAGCAGCUCACCACAAUCCAGGAGAAACAGAAAACACUGGAGCAAAAUGUGAAGGAGAUGGAGAACAACAUGGGGAAGCUCUCCACUAACCUGGAGGAAAAAGUGCUCCAGACUGAGGUGGAACCCCUUUUGCCGAUGAACAAGAAAGCAGUUGUUCGUGUCAAAAAAGCGGAGGAGAAGGUGGAGGACUAUGCCAAGAAAAAGAUGAAAAAGCAUGGCUCAAAAAUGUCUCUCAAUACUGAUGUUUCCCAGAUGAGCAAAGAACCAGCUGAGACAACACCAUUCACAACCACCAAGACCAAGGAGUCCUGCAACCUCUUCCAAGGCCAAAAAAAUUCAACCAGAGCAGCACUGAAACUGCUUUGCAACUGGUUUGAUGAGGGCUUGGAGGAGGAAGUGAAGCACCUUUGA